AUGGCUGUACAACCGGGAAAGGUGUUGGCUGAGCAGUUCAGCAGACAGGGUAUACAGUACGAGGAGUCAACCGACGUUCUUUGGUGUUCAUUGUGCACUAAAGCAGACAGUUUGGAGAUCAUUAGCAGAGCAACGGUUGAGGAUGUGCUAGAGCACUGUCGGUUAAGACAACACCUACUUCUAAUGGAAAAAGAAACUGUGAAAGAGCACUAUUGCCCCGUGGAGAUAAAUGGCCGCAGUUUUCUUUUGGACCAUAACUGCGUUUAUCCAAGCACUAUGUUCGGAAAAGGAAGGAUGCUACUGGACGAUACACUGGGAUGUGUAAUGACCGAGGAUGUAUGCGGCGGUGUAAAGUUGCUUCCCCGUCAUAAGUACACUGUUGUCGAGAUUGUUAUACCUCCAGCAGGUACCCCGAUACCGAAGGAUCCAUCAUAUUACGUUGAGAGGCCGGUCCGUUCCCGGAAGUGCCAUGAAAAAUUUGACAGCUGGAUUCAGGUACAUAACUCCUCGGUAGAAGGUGAGUCAGCCUUGAUGAAGCGUCGGCGGAUCGCAUUCUCCCAGCUGAACAUGUAG